GCGCUUUGGUUGCUCCGAGCAACAACGGCAAAAUGUGUACUAGCAUAAUGCUAAAGUCGUUUGGUGAGGUUCCUUGCAUGGAUGAUUGUAAAGCAUUAAUUACAUGAAUGCCUGGGCAAUGUUGCAGGUUUCUAUUUUCAGUAAUACGAACCCAGUUUCCUCCGCCGUUGUAAAUAACGCUGACUUGUGUUCUUGUUCGCUGCUUCCCGUUGAGGCAGCUUAGCUAAUGCUCACCAAAGCUGACUGAAAAAAAUACACCACAGAUAUUAAUAUUAUGGUAAAAAAUAAUGUAAAUACUAGAGUUUCGAAUUACGAAUGCAUGCUGGGGUUUCCCUGGAUUGCUCAAAAGAAUGUCUUGCAGUAUGAUAUAUAUUCAAAUAAAGUUUGUCUCCAGCUGCCAAACACAUGGAGAGCCAAAAUCCGCCACUGGAUGCCUUCAUUGAAACUUGAAUUCUUCCUCCAAGAAACUCUAAAAAGUAUUAUUUGCCAUGCGUAUCAGUUUGUGCCAGGGUCUGUUAACGGGUGCCAUCAUCCUCAACCUCCUCAUACUUUAUUACGUAUCUCGAGCCCAACAGCAGAUGAUAGAGAAAAGGAAGGAGCUUGGUAGAGGCUCGAGAAGAGCUUCCCGGCCGGCUUCCCUUCUAGGGGGAGCGUUAGGGGUCAUUGGAGGUGAGAAUGCAGGAAUGGCAGCGGAGGGCCAUGGCCGAGGCCCACGUGUGUCUGUUCUCCUUCGGGAGUUUGAAAACUUUGAGAAUUACGUUGGGGAUGUGGCUAACUCCUUCCUUCGUCAACGUCCAGAGCUUCCCUUUCUGGCUGUGGCCGACACAUUUCCGUAUCCUCCCCUUGCACUUCCAGAGGGCGCCCGUCUUUUGGUGCUCUCUCCUAGCCCUGACCAGCCACCACAAGCUCACAGGCCAGAGUUUCACUUGCAGACAGAGUUUGUCCUGUUGGUACCUGACGGCGUGGAGCUGGAGCAGCCAAGAGUUUUUGAAAGACUCAUUAAAGAGUUGGAAGGUGAAGGUGGGGGGCCCGUGAGGCUGGUAGCGGUGCCCGUUUUAACACGAUCUGCGGCGCAGUGCCUCCACUUGCGGGUCAACCUCAAAGAGUGGACUGCCACCUACUCACCGGCCGCUUCAGGAAGCAGUGGGAGUGUGUGUACGGCUUUACAAGGUGACGCUGUUGUCUUGAUUCGCACUGAGGACCUUUUCAACUUGUCCGUACCACUGGGGCGCCCUCUCUUUCCUGCCCUUUUCGUUCAGACCACCUUAAGGGGCUGGAAGGUGAAACUCCUGGAGAGCCCUUGUUUCUCGGCAAACCACCGACCACUUUUCAGCUCUGCUCACAAUCAGUGGAAGGCUGACACUCGACUGAAGGAGGCAACAGGGAAACUCAUGAGGAGCUUUGGUCUGAAGCGCCUCCUUCUCCCUGAGGGAAAGGAACAGUGGUUUGGUUGCACUAAAGAGACUCCCCGCUGCUUUGGCACCGUGCAGGAUGACACGCCGGACUACCUGUAUCUGGAUCGCUGGACGCCUCCAUGUUGUCUGAGAGCACUAAGAGAAACCACCAAAUACGUCAUUAAUAUCCUGGAGAGCUCUGGUGUGCGUUACUGGCUGGAGGGAGGCUCUCUUCUUGGUGCCGUCCGCCAUCAAGACAUCAUACCCUGGGACUACGAUGUGGACCUGGGUAUCUACCUGGAGGACGUGCCCAACUGCGACCACCUGAAGAACCUGGACUCGGGCUCUCUAGUGGAUGCUAAUGGCUACGUGUGGGAGCGGGCAGUGGAGGGAGACUUUUACAGAGUUCAGUACAGCGAGGCCAACCACCUGCACGUGGAUCUGUGGCCUUUCUACUCGCGCAACGGCAUCAUGACGAAAGACACGUGGACAGAGCACAAACAGGACGUGGAGUUCCCAGAGCACUUCCUGCAGCCGCUGGUGCCCAUGCCCUUUGCUGGCAUCACAGCCUACGGCCCCAACAACCAAAGGGCCUUCCUGGAGCUUAAGUUCGGAGAAGGGGUGGUUGAGAAUCCUCAGUACCCCAACCCUAUGAAAAAAAGGCUGGACAGAAGCAAAUUAUGAGUAGGUGCUCUCAAGUUGUUUGUGUUGCACUGUAUUUAUUUACUGAAAAAAAAAUACCUCACAAAAAUGUUUUGUUGAAAAAUGCCCGAGGAGUAUGCACUGCUAAAAUGAUUACAGUUUUACUAGCUGCCAACAUGUCAAAGCUGCUCAAAAUUUUCUAGUAUGUGUUCAAAUGUAAAGCUUGAUGUUAAAAAACAUUAUUAAAAGUUUAAAAGUGGUGUACUUUUUUUCAAGAGAAACACUUUUAAAAAGACUACUAGUCCACUGACCUUAGCCCUAAACAAUCAACAACUGGUUUGCUCUCUAGUUGACUGAAUGUAUCGUACUGUAUAAAUGUUACAGGUGGAUUAUAUAAAAUUCUGAACGUGUUUUAGGUUUAAAAUUGUAACUAUUUCAACAGGAUCCCAUAAAUGUACCCUGUCUGUCUUUUCCUUCCUUCACAAUUCACACAAAAAAAGCCAGAGUUUGUAUCUAUUGCACAAGAAAUUAAAUGCUUCUACCAAUUAUUGCACCCAA